CGGGAGUGGCGGCGGCUGCAAGCGGAGUGGGGGGAAGCCCGGCCCGGCCUGGCCCGGCCCGGCCCGGCCCGGCCCGGCCCUGCUGCAGGUGCUGCGAUGAGACUCGUCCCGUGCUGCAGGUGAAGAAAAAAUGGCGGCCAUUAAAGUUGGAAGACAACUAGUCGCUAGAGAUCCAGAUCACUGUGAUAUACCCUACUAUGUAUCUGAAUUUGUGGAAAGAGAAAUUGGAAACGAUCGUAAUUCCCUAACAAAACUUGGCAUGCUAAUAGAAGAGCUCUCAGAAAACAAAAGGCAAUUGGAGGAGCAGGUACUUACUGUUUCAUCAGAAGUUCCCAAAAGAAUUCAAAAUGCCUUAAAGAAUGCAGAGGAUUCUAACAAGACUCUUAGUCAGCUCCUGGAAGAAGAAACUCUCCUGUCUGAAUCAAUUGAUAAUCACCUAUUGAAAGCACAGCCAUGGAUGGAGGCUCUUGAUGUCUUGAUUAGUCAAAUAGAAGAAAUGGAACGACACCUCGCUUAUCUGAAGUGGAUUUCACGAAUAGAAGAACUAAGUGAUAAUAUUCAGCAGUAUCUGAUGACCAAUAAUGUCCCAGAGGCAGCCACUACUUUAGCAUCCAUGGCAGAACUGGAUAUUAAGCUUCAAGAGUCAUCUUGUUCUCAUCUUCUCUCUUUUGUGAGGUCCACUGUUCAAUUCUGGCAUAAAAUUCUUAAGGACAAACUUUCAAGUGAUUUUGAGGAGAUAUUAACUCAGCUUCACUGGCCAUUUAUUGGGCCACCACAGUCUCAGGUUUUUGGCCUUGCUGCACCAGGCAGUGCUCCAGAUGUAUACAAUAAUUUGGAGACGCUAUUUUCUCAACUUCUGAAAUUGCAAACCUCAGAUGAACUGAUAACCAAACCAAAACAACUGCCAGAAAAGUAUUCUCUUCCUUCAUCACCACCUAUUAUUCUGCCAAUGCAAAUCAUGCUAAAUCCUCUUCAGAAAAGGUUCAGGUAUCAUUUCACUGGGAACAGACAAACUAAUGUUUUAAGCAAGCCUGAAUGGUACCUAACCCAGGUCCUCAUGUGGAUUGGAAAUCACACUAAGUUUCUUGAUGAAAAAAUCCAGCCAAUAUUGGACAAGGCAGGCUAUUCAGUGAAUGCAAGGCUUGAAUUCUCCCGUGCUCUAGUAAUGCUAAUUUUGGAGAAGCUGGCUACUGAUAUUCCUUGCCUGUUGUACGAUGAUAACCUGUUAUGUCAUCUUGUGGAUGAAGUGCUUCUGUUUGAGAGAGAGCUGUACACUGUUCAUGGAUACCUCAGCACCUUUCCCAGCUGUAUGCAUAUUUUGUCGGAAGAAACCUGCUUUCAGAGGUGGUUAACUGUGGAAAGGAAAUUUGCUCUUCAAAAAAUGGACUCCAUGCUUUCCUCUGAGACUGCCUGGAUAUCACAGUAUAAAGACAUCAGUGAUGUAGAUGAAAUGAAAGUCCCAGGCUGUGCAGAAACUUUUAUGACACUGUUAUUUGUUAUCACAGACAGGUAUAAGAAUCUUCCUACAGCUUCUAGAAAACUGCAGUUCUUGGAGUUACAAAAAGACUUAGUUGAUGAUUUCAGGAUACGAUUGACUCAGGUUAUGAAGGAAGAGACUAGAGCUUCCUUAGGCUUCCGAUACUGUGCAAUUCUUAAUGCUGUUAACUACAUAGCAACAGUAUUAUCAGACUGGGCUGACAAUGUUUUUUUCUUGCAGCUUCAACAAGCAGCUCUGGAAGUGUGUGCAGAUAGUAAUGCACUUAGUAAGCUACAGCUAGGGCAGCUGGCUUCUAUGGAGAGCUCUGUCUUUGAUGAUAUGAUUAACCUCCUAGAACGCUUAAAGCAUGACAUGUUGACCCGUCAAGUAGAUCAUGUCUUCAGGGAGGUCAAAGAUGCAGCAAGGCUGUACAGAAAAGAAAGGUGGUUAUCUUUGCCAUCCCAGGCGGAGCAGGCAGUAAUGUCCUUAUCCAGCACAGCUUGCCCAAUGUUGUUGACAUUAAGAGACCGCUUGCUGCAGCUAGAACAGCAGCUGUGUCACUCACUGUUUAAAAUCUUCUGGCAAAUGCUUGUGGAGAAAGUGGACAUGUUCAUCUAUCAGGAAAUAAUUUUGGCGAAUUACUUCAAUGAAGGAGGAGCAGCACAACUCCAGUUUGAUAUGAGUAGGAAUCUGUUCCCUUUAUUUUCACACUAUUGCAAGAGACCAGAAAACUAUUUCAAACACAUAAAAGAAGCCUGCAUUAUCUUGAAUCUGAAUAUUGGCUCUGCCCUGCUUUUGAAGGAUGUACUAGAGUCAGCCUCAGAAAAUGGAACCAUCUUAAAUCCAAACCAGCCAUCUGCCACAGCAGCUUUAAAUGAACUUGGAGUUUAUAAAUUAGCACAGCAGGAUGUUGAGAUACUGCUUAAUUUGAAAACAAACUGGCCAAAUACAGGAAAAUAAGUAAACAUCUCAUAAAAUGAUUAUUAAAAUGUUUAGUCCAGAUUAUUUAUUGAAAUAACAAUUAAACCCAACUGUAUUAUGUUAA